ACAACGUAGACAGCUAUUGACAGAACCAAACAAAAAGAUAGGAAGGAAAAUCAUGGGAGUUGUGGAUAAGAGAAUGUCUCGGCAUAUGUCUCUAUGGAAACAACGACAGACAUCGAUAUCAACUUUAGAUGAUUUGAAACAAGAGCUAGACAUAGAUUUUCAUUAUGUGGAAAUAGGAAAAUUAUACGAAAGAUUUGAGACUCACCCCAUAAAUGGCUUAACUUCAACAAAAGCCGUAGAAUUACUGAAAAAACAUGGCAUGAAUGCUUUGACUCCACCACCCAAGACCUCUGAGUGGAUAAAACUUUUGGAACAUCUAGUUUCAGGUUUCUCAAUUUUAUUGAUCAUUGGAUCUAUUAUGUGCUUAAUAGCAUACGCUAUCCAAUAUUCAUUAAUCAAUCGGACGGUAUCAAAGGACAAUCUAUUUCUAGGAGCUGUGCUCGCGGUGGUUGUAUUAAUAACAGGUUUUUUUUCAUAUUACCAAGAAGCAAAAAGCUCGAGAAUUAUGGAAUCCUUUAAAAAAAUGAUGCCACAACGCGCAUUGGUGAUAAGGGACGGUAAGAAAAUAGAUAUAAAAGUGGAAAAUCUCGUUAUAGGGGACAUUGUGGAUAUACGAUUCGGUGAUAGAGUUCCGGCAGAUGUACGAAUUAUCAAAAGCCAAAGUUUUAAGGUUGAUAAUUCUAGUAUAACUGGUGAAUCGGAACCCCAACCAAGAUCAAAUAUUAUGACUAGCCUCAAUCCUCUGGAAACUAGAAAUCUCGCUUUUUUUUCUACCUACGCGAUUGAAGGUAACGCUAGAGCGAUAGUAAUUAGCACGGGGGACGCUACUGUGAUGGGCAGGAUUGCCAACCUAGCUUCGAUUAUUGUAAUAGAAGAGACUCCUAUACACAAGGAGAUCAAACGUUUUGUUUUUAUUAUAGCAUCAAUCGCAGUUUUUUUCGGCGUCUUGUUCUUCAUAAUUUCCAUAAUAAUAGAUUAUACCUUGUUAAACGCAAUAAUAUUCUUCAUAGGUAUUAUAGUCGCUAACGUGCCUGAGGGAUUAUUACCUACUAUCACGGUAUGCUUAACAUUAACGGCUCAACGUAUGGCUUUAAAAAAUUGCCUAGUCAAAAAUUUAGAAGCCGUAGAAACGUUAGGGUCUACAUCCACUAUAUGUUCAGACAAAACAGGAACCUUAACUCAAAAUAAGAUGACUGUUUCGCACGUUUGGCUUGAUCGUCAGGUUCACAAAGUCGAAUUCGGAACCGAAAAUGAAACAAAUAAAUAUGAGAAUAGCAAGACGUGGAAUGCGCUGGCUAGAAUAGCAACACUUUGUAAUCAUGCCAUUUUUACACCUACUCAAGAUAAAGUUAACAUUAUGCAAAGAGAGUGCAUAGGUGACGCGUCCGAAUCUGCCCUAUUAAAAUGCAUAGAAGCGAAAAUAGGAAAUACCGAAAAAACUAGAGAACUCAACGUAAUGGUUGCUGAGAUUCCUUUUAAUUCUACCGAUAAAUAUCAAGUUUCCAUUCACGAGAUACCUGAUCAUUCGAAAUAUUUAUUGGUAAUGAAGGGAGCACCCGAACGAAUUUUGGAUCUAUGUAAAACGGCUCUAAUAUACGACGAAGAAAAGAAGGAAGAAAGGGAAAUUAUAAUUGACGAAAAUUUUAAACAGGAGUUUAAUAAGGCCUACGUACACCUUGGGGGAAUGGGCGAAAGGGUUUUAGGAUUUUGCGAUUUUUGGAUGCCAAUCGACCAAUACCCAUUUGGAAAAUUUUAUUUUGAUACCGAAAAUGUCAAUUUUUCUCUAAGCAAUUUUAGAUUUGUUGGAAUGAUGUCAAUGAUUGAUCCUCCUCGACCUGGUGUACCAGACGCAGUCUCUAAGUGCAGAAGUGCUGGAAUCAAAAUAAUUAUGGUAACCGGUGAUCAUCCUCUCACAGCUAAAGCUAUCGCCAAACAAGUUGGAAUCAUAUCGGAAGCAAACGUCAUUGUUGAAGAGAUUAUUGAUAAAGCCCCUAUAAAUCUAUCAUCCAAACCGGAAAACAACGUUAAAAGUAUAGUAGUACAUGGUCAAGAGUUAAAGGUUCUUAAUAACCAAGAUAUAGAUACGAUAUUAAUAAAAUUUAGAGAAAUAGUUUUUGCGAGAAUAUCACCACAACAAAAAUUGAGUAUUGUCGAAGGGUGUCAAAGACUAGGAGAGAUUGUUGCAGUGACUGGAGAUGGAGUCAAUGAUUCACCCGCCCUUAAAAUGGCUAAUAUAGGAAUCGCAAUGGGUAUAGCCGGGAGUGAUGUGAGUAAACAGGCAUCAGAUAUGAUAUUAUUAGACGAUAACUUUGCUUCCAUAGUUACUGGAAUUGAAGAAGGAAGGCUUAUAUUUGAUAAUUUGAAAAAGUCGAUAGCUUACACAUUAACCCAUAAUAUACCCGAACUGACGCCCUUUCUAGUUUACGUAACAUUUAGCAUACCAUUGCCCUUGGCGACGAUCACUAUUUUGUGCAUAGACUUGGGCACGGAUAUAGUACCAUCAAUUUCGUACGCUUAUGAAUACCCCGAAAAUGACAUUAUGGAAAGAAUGCCCCGUGAUCCAAAAAAUGAAAAAUUAGUUAAUUCAAGGCUAAUAGGUGGUUGUUAUGGGCAGAUUGGCAUAAUUCACUCGUUAGCUGGAUUUUUUACAUUUUUUAUUGUAAUGGCCGAAAACGGAUUUUUACCAAACCGACUUCUAAACAUUAGAGAACAGUGGGAUUCAGAGUAUAUUAAUGACUUAGAAGACUCCUUUGGACAAGAAUGGACAUAUGAAAAUCGAAAAAUACUAGAAAAAGCUGGUUAUUCUGCAUUCUUUGUGUCUGUUGUUAUCGCACAAUGGGCUAACCUGAUCAUCAGAAAAACUAGAAGGAAAUCUAUAUUUCAACACGGAAUGAGAAAUUGGGUGCUGAAUCUUUCCUUAUUUUUUGAAACCGGGUUAACCUGUUUACUCUUUUACACCCCUGGAUUAAAUUCUGCCUUAGGAUUUUAUCCCAUCAAGGCUAUUUGGUGGUUGCCAGCCAUGCCAUUUAGCGUCUUAAUUUUCGUGUACGAUGAAACUAGAAGAUAUUUUAUGAGGAAAUAUCCUGGUGGCUGGAUUGAAUGCGAGACCUACUUUUAA